AUGGUCUUCCCCUCUCAACACCCCGCAUCCCACCUCACUGCUCGUUUUAUACUUCAUUGCUGGUCGAAGCGUUCUUUUUCAUCUUUCUCAAGCCAUCUGCGUUCAAGGCCCAUAUCUAUAUGGGGUUUGUUGUCUGAUUUCAAUUCUUUGCCCAUACGGCCACACUUUGCAGGUCCCAAGAUUAGUACUAGGAUUUUCACACCGAACCGGCCAUUCAGUAACUCGAUCGGUUCACUGGCAGCCAUGACUUCUGAUUAUAAACUCAAAGAUCUCGCCUCUUUAGCGGACCUUAAAGAUGGGGAGAAGAGAGAAGUCAGCAUUGAAGGACUGGAGGAAGCAAAGCUGCUCUUUGUAAAGCUAGACGGCCAAGUCCAUGCCCUGACAGCGAGAUGCACCCACUAUGGCGCCCCACUGGUGAAAGGUGUGCUGACUCCGGAUGGAAGAAUAACAUGUCCUUGGCACGGAGCUUGUUUCAAUGUCACGACCGGAGAUAUCGAAGACGCGCCAGCACCGAAUGCACUGGAAAAAUUCGACGUUUUUGAAAAGGACUCUGCUGUCUAUGUUAAAGCGGAUGCUGAAGCCUUGAAGCGCAAUGGGCGCCAGCCGAUUAAUCAAUGCUCCAUCGUCGGAGAUGACAGGAUCGUUAUAAUUGGAGGUGGAAGCGGUACAUUUGGAGCUGUCGAGGCCCUUAGGGAACAAGGAUUCAAGGGGAAAAUCACCAUCAUUUCCCGAGAACCAAACCCCCCGCUCGAUAGGACCAAGCUCUCCAAGGCACUUAUUCCGGACGCGAGUAAACUACUUCUUCGCCCUGCCCAAUGGUAUGCGUCCGUAGGCAUUGACCUUGUUUCAGAUAAUGCUACGGCUGUCGACUUUGAUAAGAAAACUGUUUCCACUGACUCCGGAAAAUCAUUCCCGUAUACAAAACUCAUCCUUGCUACUGGUGGAGUCCCCAGAAGGCUACCUAUGCCUGGAAUUAAGGAUCUUGGAAAUGUCUUCGUUCUACGCUUUGUGACGGAUGUUCAGGAGAUUCUCAAUGCAGUCGGCGACAAGAACAAGAAUAUUGUCAUAAUUGGCAGCUCUUUCAUUGGUAUGGAGGUUGGCAAUGCCCUAUCAAAGGAAAAUAAAGUCACGAUCAUUGGCAUGGAAUCGGCCCCAUUGGAGCGUGUCAUGGGCGCAAAGGUUGGUAAGAUAUUCCAGAGGCUUUUGGAGAAACAAGGUGUCAACUUCCACAUGUCCGCUUCCGUGGAAAAGGCCUCUCCCUCCGAAAAGGAUCCAUCAAAGGUUGGCGCGGUUCAUCUGAAGGAUGGGACGGUUCUCCCAGCUGAUCUCGUUAUCCUCGGAGUGGGAGUAUCGCCGGCAACGGAAUUCCUGAAAUCCAACGAAGCAGUUACCUUGGAACAAGAUGGCUCUCUCAAAACUGACGAGUCAUUCGCUGUGAAUGGCCUUAAAGACGUGUAUGCCAUUGGCGACAUCGCUACAUAUCCCUACCACGGACCCGGAGCCGGCCAAGGUGAUCGAACCCAUGUUCGGAUUGAACAUUGGGAUGUUGCACAGAAUGCUGGCCGAAGCGUGGGUUUCACUCUUGCCCACGCUUUAGCCUCUCCACCAAAGGAAGUGCGCCCGAAAGCAUUCAUUCCCAUUUUCUGGUCUGCCUUGGGCCAGCAGUUACGGUACUGCGGAAAUACAAUGAACGGAUGGGACGACGUGAUUUUAACCGGAGAUCCGGACAAUUUCAAGUUCGCUGCGUUUUACACCCUUGGUGACACGGUUGUUGCUUCCGCGAGUAUGAACAUGGAUCCGUUGAAUUCUAAGUGUGCAGAGUUAAUGAGAAGAGGAAACAUGCCGACGAAGAAGGAAUUGGAGAAAGGUUUGGAUAUACUGUCGUUGGACCUCCCCAGCACAAUAAGAAUGUAA